AGGUCUUACUUUAGAGGAGCAAGCAGCAACAGGUCCCCCUCCUGAAUGCAAGCUUUUGGAGGAUUCUGCGCCGGUAGCAUAAGACAAAGAACCGAGAUCAAGACAAAGAGACAAACUGUGUUUCACGAAAAGAAGCGUUGUUGAAGAAAUUGUGUUGUAUUCACUCUGCCGUCUUAGAGGUGUGCUGGUGACUCAAGUUCCCAUUGAUAGGAUUGAGUCAGUGGCCAGAAGCAGCUUUUUGCCAUGGAGGCGAUGCAUGUGCUGGACAGCUGGAGAAAGGAUCUUAAUGUGUCACAGGGAGCUGUGGACAGCUCAGUGGACAUGGACCGCCUGAACAGUAACAUGCCUGAGUGUGGACGGCAAACCCACCAGGUGUUACAGAGCACUCCUCUGGACCUGAUUGAGAAUGGAAAGGGGCUGAAGUUCCAGGCAGCACGCCCCCACCUGGUCAGCCUGGGUAGUGGACGACUGAGUACAGCCAUCACCCUGCUGCCUCUGCCCGAGGGCCGGACAACACUAGGUCAUGGUCCCAUGGACAUCAGCAUCCAGGGCCCUGGGGUGGCUGCCCAGCACUGCUACAUAGAGAACAGGUCAGGGGUCAUCACGCUGCACCCCUGUGGGAACCUCUGUACUAUUGACGGGCUCCCGGUCACAAAGCCUGUCCGCCUAUCACAAGGCUGUAUGCUGUGUUUUGGCCAGUCAGCCUUCUUCCGCUUCAACCACCCUGAGGAAGCCUACAGGAUGAAGAGCAUGGUGCCCCAGGGAGGAGGUGUCUCCACCAGGGACUACAGACUAUGCCCAGACUCUGAGAGCUUCGUCAAUGGGAAUCACCAGGCCAGUCCAACCCAGUCUCCUCCAGCUUCUGGAGAGAGAGUGCAGUCUGAGCACAGUGCAAUCGUCAGCUCUAUUGAGAAGGACCUCCAGGACAUCAUGGACUCCCUAGUCAUGGAUGACCCCCAGCCUUCUUCCUCGGAGGGCAAAAAUCCUCCUGGAGGCCAACCCCUUCCCCACUCCCCCCUAUCGCCCAUGGUCAAUGGAGGUGGCCGGUAUCUGCUAUCCCCUCCUACCAGCCCAGGGGCCAUGUCCGUUGGGUCCAGCUAUGACAAUACAUCCCCUCCCUUCUCUCCCCUUUCCUCCCCCUCAGCGGCUAGCAGUGGGAGCUUUACAAGCCCGUCUCCUAGUGGAGGACCCCAGGACCAGAGUUCUUCUCUGCCGCCAGUGCCUGUACGCUCCUCCAGCUACAACUUCACCACCCAGCCUCCGCCUGUACCCCAGCCACGGACCAUACUGCCUAACUUCAGCAGCGGUGGGGUGGGCUACAAGGUUCAGGAAAGCCCCAGGCUGCAGAGGAAGGUUUUAACAGAGGCUCCUCUGAGCCCUAAGCCAAGCCGUAGAGGACUAGGCCAAGAUGGGUCUGAGAGCCCCCGGCAGACUUUUCUGUCCUCCAAUGAAUCUCUCAGUUGUAGAAACAUUGUGCCAAGUAGCCCCAGACUCACUCCCAAAUUCCCCACCUGUCCAUCUCCCUCUAGUCCCAGGACCAAGACAACCACAGUGCUCCAGGAAAGACCUGCCAGCCCUUUCAGAGAGCAGACCAGUCUAGCUGAUAGUGCCCUGACCUCCAGCCCCUCCAGGCAGUUUUCUCAACUCACCAGAGCCUUCCAGCCUCCCUUGGACCCCAUUGUCCACAUCAUCCAAGGGUCGCCGCUUCAGCAGCAUCCACGUACGUUGCAGCCCCCUGAAAGCCCUCGCAUGGUCAGGAGAAACAUGGAGCUGAAUAGCAGCAGUGGAGGGGGCAGCAGUAUGAGAGAGCUGCCACCUCUUAGCCCCUCCAUGGCUCGGAGAGGGGUCCCGGUACUUCCAGGGGCACUUCCCGGGACAAUCCCCACCUUGAGAACUCCAGAAAGCCCCUCAAGUCUGGGCAAGUUUACCCCAGAGAGCCCCAGGCUCCGACGCAAGACCGGAUCUACAUCCGAAGAGCCGACGUGCAGCAGGGGGAUCCGAGCCCGGAGUCCGUCUCCUACCUCUAUAAUGUUGGAGGGUGGUGGUGGUGGUGGUGGUGCGGGAGUACGGAAGGCAAGCUUUGGGAAUUCCCUGUCACCUGCUUACAGUCUGGGCUCUCUGCCUGGCUCGUCCCCCGUAGCCAGUCCCAGAACCCAAAGGAAGAUGUCCGCAGGGAGACCCCACCCUGGCAUGAGGGAGAGAAAGAACAGCAUCACAGAGAUCAGCGACAACGAGGACGAGCUGCUGGAGUACCACCGACGACAGAGAGAAGAGAGGCUUCGGGAGCAGGAAAUGGAGAGACUGGAGAGACAGCGACUUGAGACCAUCCUAAACCUCUGUGCUGAAUACAACAAAGGAGAGAGCACCGGCCUUGACCCCCUGGGCUCAGCGAGGACAGGUUUCCCCGGGGGAGUGGCAGAUGGCUCGGGGCGGAGACCGUCCAUGGAGAAUGUCCUAGGAGGGACACCGUCCUCAGCCGCUCUCCGCCUGCUGCAGAGACAGAGAGAGAGCGAUGAGGAGAACCUGAAGGAGGAGUGUAGUAGUACCGAGAGCACUCAUCAGGAGGUGAGGACAUCCCCUGCUCUCAGCACAGCAUCAACACUGCACAAUGGAGACAGACAGCACGAGGACACUUCCAGUUCAGGCAGCGCAGGUCGUCUGGAGCUGGGUUACCUGGAAGACGAGCGGGUUCGCGUUCUCUCUCGAAUCGAUGAGCUUAAAAGCCGCCUUACGGAGCUAGAGCAACAACUCCAGGAGUCCAAGCAAGAGGCCGAGAUGGAGCGUGCCUUGCUGCAGGGCGAGAGGCAGGCGGAGCUCGACCAGAUAGAGGCUGAAACGGACAUCAUCACUCAGCUGCAGCACAAGCUGGACGAGCUGGAGAGCACCAUCCAGAGGGAGAAAGACAAGGAGAGGGCUAAUGUUGAGGCUGAGCGCCGGGCCCUGCAGAGCCUCCAGGAGGGCUACGCUGAGUUGGAGAACCAGCUUCAUAACUGUCCUGAGUCCCUGCGGGAACAGUUACAAGAACAGCUCAAGAGGGACGGAGAGGCACUGGAAACAGGAACCAAAAAGUUUGAGGACUUGGAGUUUCAGCAGCUGGAGAGAGAAAGCAGCCUGGAGGAGGAAAGAGAAACCAUUAGCCAGCAGCUGCUCCAGGAGAGAGCAGAGUACCACAGCAGUGUGGCCAGGAGGAAGGAGAAGGUGUCUGCUCUGGAGAACCAGGCCCACCAGCUUGGACUGCAGGCAUCUCAGGAAUGCGAGCGGCUGGCCAAAGACCGGACUCUCACACUACAAAUGCUCCAAAAGGAGAAGGAGAGGCUUUCGGCCCUGGAGAAAAGAUACCACAGCCUGACGGGUGGAAAGAGCUUUCCCAAGUCCUCUUCUGCAAUGAGAGAAGAAGCUCUCCGUAUCAGCGAGGCUGACCUGUUGUUGGAGGAUGUGCACUCCUCCCAGCAUUCCCUCUGUCGAGCCUCUCCUUCCUACUUACAUCCCUCCCCUCUCUGUCAGUUGUACCCCAGCAGCCCUACAGAGGAGUACAUGAAGCUGUCAGAUGUCUUUAAGAUGUACGGCAGCAGCGGCCUCCGUGAAAACAGCAAGCCCACCUCUCAAGGCCGCUUGUUUGCCAUAGAUGCUGCAUUAGCUGGCCCCUGCGAGGAGUAUGUGACAGUGGGCCAGCUAAAUCAGAUGUAUGGGAUGCCAAAGGUGGAGUCGUCCCCUACUUCCCCGCUUCGCCAGCCCCUGCAGUCUGGAGCAGUAGACCCCGCCUUCUCUUGCCUCCCCUCUCCUCACGGCUCCUCCCUCUCUCUUUCUGUGGAGUACCAGUCUGAGGGUAGUAGGCCUCACCUCCCCAAGCUAGAUUUAGAGCAGUGGUACCAGGAGCUGAUGACUGGCUCCAGCCAGCUCUGUCCUUCUCUGCCAGCCAAGUCACUGUCGGGCCGCAGGCCUGUGCUGCAGGUGUUCCGCUCUAAGCUGGAUAGUGAUCCAGGCCUCGCUCUUCAUCAACCUAAAUCCGGCUCUGCAUCCCCUCUGCAGCACGGCGCAGCAACACUGGGACGCAACUCAAGCUCAAAGAGUCCCCUGCUGGCGGCCAACAGCACUGGCAGUCUGCCCAGGAACCUGGCUGCAACCCUGCAGGACAUUGAGACCAAGAGACAGCUGGCUCUGCAGCAGAAAGGUCAGCAGGUGAUCGAUGACCAGCGUCGCCGUCUGGCUGAGCUCAAACAGAGAGCAGCGGUGGAGGCUCAGUGCCAAUGGGAGGCACUCCACGGUUCUCAGUCGCACCUCAUGACCUCGUCCUCCUCAUCGCCCUCCUACUCCCCGAUCAUGGCCUACAGCCACAGCUCUGUAGGCCCCCCCCCUCUUGUUCACCACUCCAUCCUGCACCACCAGCCCCCGUCAGCUGGGGAGCAGCCCUACGACACCCUGAGCCUGGAGAGCUCCGACAGCAUGGACACCAGCGUGUCCACAGGCAACAACUCGGCUUGCUCACCAGAUAACAUGUCCAGUGUCGGAGGAGUGGACUCGCUGAAGAUUGAAGAGAUGGAGAAAAUGCUAAAGGAGGCGCAGCUGGAGAAAGCUAGACUUAUUGAAUCGCGGGAACGAGAGAGCCUGGCUCGGCGUCAGAUGCUGGAGGAGGAAAGGAGGAGGAGAGAGGAUGCGGAGAAAAGACUGCAGGAUGAAACCUUCCACCGGCAGCAGCUAGUGGAGAGGGAGGUCAAGAUGAGGUCCAAGAACUUCUCUCAGGCCCGUCCUAUGACUCGCUACCUUCCCAUUCGGAAGGAGGAAUUUGACCUGCGCUGCCAUGUCGAGUCGUCGGGCCACAGUGUGGAGACGUGCUACCACGUCAUCCUCACGGAGAAGAUGUGCAAGGGCUACUUGGUGAAGAUGGGGGGCAAGAUCAAGUCCUGGAAAAAGCGCUGGUUCGUCUUUGACCGCCUGAAAAGGACCUUCUCCUACUAUGUUGACAAACAUGAGACCAAGCUGAAGGGUGUGAUCUACUUCCAGGCAAUAGAAGAGGUCUAUUAUGAUCAUCUCCGCAGUGCCACAAAGAAGGGAUUUUUCAACUUGAAUAUGACCAGUAGCCCAAACCCCUCCCUGACUUUCUGCGUUAAGACCCACGACCGGCUCUACUACAUGGUGGCCCCCGCAGCAGAGGCCAUGAGGAUCUGGAUGGAUGUGAUCGUCACGGGAGCAGAGGGAUACACGCAGUUUAUGAACUGAGAGCGCAGGUGACGAGCAGACAUUUUCGUCAGGGAUUCUCCCAUCACAGACUCUACAGGCCCUUCCUGUUUCCAGUCCACAGCGGACACAACGCCUUGUUACUUUUCAUUUUUAAUCUCACACUUUGAUUUUACUAUGUAGAUGUUUUCACCUCUACACUUUCUACGCGAGUCAGUUUGGAUUGAAAAAGGGAGCCGGUGGAGGACACACACAUCUGUAUAUAAACCAAAAUGUAUACCUGUCAAAGACUUUUAAAAAGCAUUUCUAUAUUGCCAAA